CAGUGAGCUCCUGAGAACAACAGUGGAAAGACUGUAGAAGAUUUAAGGAGCAAUAUUGCACUUAAAUGAGUCUGGACAGCAUGACAUCAGCAAGUAAUUAAAGCGGCAAAUUCUGGCUCCAGUGCGUGCAUUCAGGUUUGUGCGUGAUCUGAGCACCUGCAGAUCUCUCUCUCUCUCUCGCUCUGUGUGUGUGUGUGUGUGUGUGUGUUUGGCUAUUUUCACUGGACAAGGUUCAAACUAUGAGCGAGAAAUGGAAGUAUAGAAGAAGGGGGACUGUAAGACAAAGAGAGAAAAGAGAGAAAAAGUGCCAGAGAGGAAGUGAGAGAAAGGAAAGAAGACAGGGGAGUAAAAGAAAUAAUGGGUGGGAGAAAUAAAAGGAGAGAGGAAAGAGGGAAGGAAAGGGAGAGAAAGUGACAGAGAGGGAGGAGGAGAGAGAGUGGAAGAGAGGGAGAUGGCGAGCGAGAAGAGAGACGGAGAAAGAGACUGAGAAAAAGAGAGCUAAUUACAACAUUCUUCCCAGUUGAAGCAAGUUGUAUGAAGUGUUCGCUCGCAGGGUUCCUUUCAUGGUCGCGGAACGGUCAUCUUCGCGCGUUUCUCCUGCGUCGGAACCCGCACGAAACUCCGAGGAUGAACGCGCUCGCGCUGUUCUUCAGCUGCUGUGCGCUUUUGUGCAUGCACUUGGUAUCGCAAGCCCUUGGCCUCGAACCCAAACCGAGGCUAACGUCCUCGGCAGCGAACAGCGGCGCCAAGAUCUCGCGCAUUCGCGCUGCGGCACCUCCGAUUCCGGCCGAAGCAAUGCCCCCGCACCGCGCAGCGCACGCGCCCUCAGGACUCACCGCACGCACCAGCGGAGCAAAAGCCGUCCUCACGGCGCAUCAAAGAGUGUCGGCAAAAAGGAGCGUGAAGGUGAAAGGCAAAGCGGAGGAGAGAGAGACACCGAGACAACCGGUUGUCACACCGCAUGAUUACAUGCUGUCUCUUUACUGGUCUCUGUCCACUGGGCAGAUGAAUGGGAGCGCAGUGCACGAGGCGGGCAUGGCUAACACCAUCACGAGCUUCGUGGACAAAGGACAAGAUGAGCAUGUGCCCCUGUUAAGGCGCCAGAGGUAUUACUUUAACAUCAGCUCCCUGGAGAAGGAGGGACUGCUGGGAGCUGAAUUACGCAUUCUCCGAAAGCCUUUCAUUGAUCAUCUUAGAAUCCCUGCCACUGAGGGCAGAACUACUCUUCGACUUUACACAUGUGCCACAAGUAAGCAGAGGGCUAUGCUGCUCCAGUCGCAGCCCGUAGAGGAUCGCAGCAUCCCAAAAUGGGAGGUGUUUGACAUUUGGAAACUAUUCAAGAGUUUCAGAAACACUGUUCAGCUUUGUUUUGAGUUGGAGGCAAUGGAUCGUGGCCGCCCACUGGACCUCAGGUCACUUGGCCUGGAUCGUUCAGGCCGGCAAAACAAGGAGAAGGCCUUCUUUGUGGUGUUCAGCCGCACAAAGAAGCAUGGUCUCUUUUACAACGAGAUCAAGGCCCGCUCAGGCCAUGACAACAAAACUGUCUACGAGUACCUGUUUACGCAGCGCAGGAUGCGCCGGGCACCACUGCCACGUGUCAAGAAGCCGAGCAGAAGUCCAAAGACACGGUGCAACCGCAAGCAGCUGCAUGUUAACUUUAAGGAGAUGGGCUGGGAUGACUGGAUCAUCGCACCAUUAGAGUAUGAGGCCUUCCACUGUGACGGAAUCUGUGAUUUUCCCAUCCGCUCACAUCUGGAGCCCACCAAUCAUGCCAUCAUCCAGACACUCAUGAACUCCAUGGAUUCUCACUUGACGCCACCCACCUGUUGUGUACCCACCAGACUUAGUCCUAUCAGUAUUCUCUACAUUGACUCAGCUAAUAAUGUUGUAUACAAGCAAUAUGAGGACAUGGUGGUAGAAAGUUGUGGCUGUAGAUAGCCAAAAGUACUAGAAGAGAAUGCUAAGGGGAAAAAAUUCUACUAUUCUAAAGCUAUACAUAUUGAUCUUGCAUUCUGUGGCUUACUCUGUUGCAUCAGUGUCCUCUCUCAAGAUUUGAUGGGUUCAAGCAUAUCAUUUAGGUCAUUGGAAUAGUUUGGACUAGAUGCAUACACACAGUACAUUCUCCUAUUUGUUAAUCUAUUAAGAUACACAAUCCUCAGCACAACUCUGCUAAGAUUGGUUCAACUCCCAUGUGAAGGGUGAGUCCAUACAGGUGUUUUCAAUAUUUAAAAAAAAAUCCCUUAACUGAUUACACAAACCUAAAUUAAUAUUCACAUAUUAAUUUAGGUUACACAGCUAACCUAAACUUGUAGUUCAAAAAAUAUCCCAGACUCCAGACUAUUCAAGAUGAUAUAUUAGAUGCUCAGUAACUUUGGGGCAUCUUCAGAUUAAGUGGCAUAAGUCUUCAACUUAAGUUCAAAUGUUAUGCUGGGAAGGUCUAAACUUAUGCUGGGACAGUUAUCUGUAUUCAUAUUUAAGCAGGUGCUUAACUUUCGUUUCUGGGCAGUCCAGAUUAUUAAAUCUGUUUUUUUUUUUUAUUAAGAAAACACUAUUUGUUUUUUCCAUCAGUGGUAUGCUGCAGUAGCCUGACCUAAACACUGCCUUACUCCAAAAUAAAUUCAGAUUUCUACCAUAUUUCUGUACAAACAAUAGAAAUGUUUUUAUUUACAGAGCUGCUGCUCCAUAUAGCCCAUGGAGACCAUGCACUGUGCAUACGGUAGCAUAUGUUUGCUGGAGUUUCCAAAAAAUUCAUUUUUGUACAUUCAUUGCAUUCUUAAAUAAUCAUUCCCCAUCAUUAUUAAAAGAAAAUCAUCCUGGAAAAUCAUGUGGGCAUUAUAAUGAAAUGCUUCUUAAAGGACCCCAGAAGAACUCUUCUGAACUUUCUGAUCUUUCUGAAUGUAACAAACCCACUAAACUACCUAAAGUAAAUCUGAUAAAAUAUUAUAGAUGUCAAUUGUUGUCAACUGUAAAUAACAGUUUCUUGAUUUGGAAAAGACAUUGAUGUUUUGUAUUCAGAUUUAAGCAGGUGGUAAACUUUCAUUUUUGGACAGUCCAUUCAGAUUAUUAAAAUUAUCUGCAUGCAGUUCACGGCUCUGAGGUUGCUAGAUUUUACUUUUAUAGAGCUCUCAGGACAGGAGUUUUUCAGUUGUGUCUGUAUCACUGCCUUUAAAGACACCUACUUUCCUUUAAACCUGAACACAAAAUUGGAAGAUUGAAAAUGCAACCUGACAAAUCUGAAUCCUAUCAGUUGCAAUAUGAUGUAGAACAAGAGAAUAAAAAAAAUACAGUUUAGACUAAUAUGAAAAUAUAUAAAUGAGAAGUAGGUAAAGCAUCAAAUAAGCAUUUAAUAAUAAUUGUCUAUUAUAUUGGCUGAUCAUUUGGAAAGCAUCCUAGUUGGGAUACUGAUGUUAAUUAGGCAAUAUCUGCAAAUUGUUUGUGCUUCCAACUAAUUGUGAGAUAGUGGUGCUGGACUUCAUGCUGCUCCUCACUUGAGUCGAUAUCACACAAGAAAAAUGGUAGCACUUUGGUCUUAAUAUCAAUGUGACCAAUUUCAUUAAUAACUCCCCUCUAUGCAUGUUUAACUCAACUCUGAAUAUGGCCCUUUAUUAGUAACUUCACUUUUUUGGAAAGCAUAAUGGUUGUUGGCUAUUAUUAUUAUUAUGUGACCAUCAUUGAGAUAUGCAUAAUUGAGGAUAGCCAAGCAAGUGGUUCUACACCAAGAACAACUGCUAUAUCAAAAUAUUGUCCCCUCCGAAAGUACUGGAAUGGCAAGACCAAUGUAUUGAUAUACAUGAAAGGCAUUUGGGUUUGAGACCAAAAGAUGAAUAUGAGACAUUAGAUCAGAAUUUCAUACACACACACACACACACACACACACACACAUUAUUCGGUCUGAACAGAUAAUGUGUCCUAAAGAAAUAUGAAUAUACUGUAGAUCCGAAUUGUAAGAUGGAGUAUUCAGGGGUUGGUUUUUUUGAAAGCUUGCCAGCUUCAGACUAGGUGUGUGUCAAAAAUGCAAACUCAGAAACUCAAACUCAAAAACCACACAAAAAGAAACUAGCCAAAAAUGUGUGUAUAUAUAAAAAGUUAGACAGAACUUUUCUCUUUUUCUCAAUAUUUUUGUGGAAAAAUUAACAGUGGUGCCCCAUUUUUGAUUUGCAGUAUACAUCUGCAAAGUAUGGCCAUUAUAAACAGAUCCUAGUAACACUGCUCAGGGAGUGUAGUGCACGGAGAUUCACUAUUGGUUUCUCUGUCAGUGGCACCCUCACCUAAAUACUGCCUUACUAUAUCUGAUUGAUUGAUUGAUUGAUUGAUUGAAGUUUAUUGUCCAUUUGCCUUUGGCUUCACAAUAUCUACACUGAAAAACACAGGACACUUAUAUACGCUCCCACACAGAGGCAUGAUACAGUAGUCCAAACGUAAGACAUCAAAUAACAAAAAAAACUUCGAUCUCUUGUUAUAAAGUGCAAUGAGCAAUUACAUUGUUUAAAAUCUGAAUUGAAAAUAAAUACAUUGAACAUUUAGGUGAAAAUAAAUCCAUUGUUUACAUUGUUGUUACAUAUAAAAACUAAGUUAUGAAUUCAUCAAGGCAACAUCUUAUGGAAUAAAAGAAUUCCUAAAAAUAUUCUUUAUAGCUAUCUCCCAGAUGGAAGCUUAUCAAAUUCAUUAAAUAAGGGGUGGGAGGGAUCUCUCAAGAUCUGCUCAGUUUUCUGCCUGUUAAAAAAACACAUGAAUCUCAGAUAUGUAUCUCUGUGAUUUCCUUAUCAUUUUCUCUCCCAUAAUAACAAUCCUAGACAGUUUUUUCCCCCAUUCUUUACACUAGUAAGACCAUACCAAGUAGAGAUGUUGUAAGUUAAAAUACUCUCCAUUAGACCAGCUCCAGUGUAUCUAUACUUACAUAAAAAACUAUUUAGUUUCCUCAUCAGAUGCAAUCGUUGCACAGCCUUUUUAAAAAAUAUAUGCAGAUUUAGCUGUAAAAAUGCCUAAAUAGCUGCCUAAAUACUUAAAAUCCAUAAUUUCCACAUAUAGGUCAUUAAUUUUUACUUGUCUUAAGAAGCACAAAAUAUUCUAUUAAUUACUUAUAUUAAUAGUAUUAAUAUUAUAGUAUAAGUAUUAAUUUUAAUACUUAUAUUUUACUAUUGAACUAUUUGAACUAUAUUGAACUAUUUGAACACCAGUUAAGUAUUUUGCUGAUAUAGUCAAGAUACGCUAACUCCUUGUCUGUAUUGCCUUCCUUCAGUAGACCAACCAGAGCCAUAUUAUCAGCAGAUUUGUAUAAAUGAGAGAAUCCUGAAUCCCCAUCUCAUUAGGGUAAUUGGCAAAUAGUACGGGUGAGAAAACGCAGCCCUGUGGUGCACCUGGAUUUAAAAUAAUUUCAUUAGUCAUGUUACUGUUAAAAGACAAUCUCUGUGAUCGUUCAGAGAGAAAGUCCCUUAUCCAUAUAAUGAUCCAGCCAUCAAUACUAAGAUCAGACAGGACAUGUGUUUUAUAGUGUUGAAGGCUAAAACUCUAGGUUUCAUUUUUAGAUUUUAGGUCAGCCUUCAGCACUAUGAAAAUACAUGUCCUGUCUGAUCUUAGUAUUGAUGGCUACUACUACUUUGAGGCAUUUGCAAAUGUUUCGUGAUUGUAUUUACUAACCUAAGAGUUGCAUCUCCAGUGCUUUGGCCACAUUUAUAAGCAAACUGAAAUGAGUUGAGAAAACUGCCAAUACAUGACAUUAGACUAUAUGACUAUAAUUCUGUUCAUACACUUACACAAAAUACUAGUCAGAGCAAUAAUUUUGUAAUAUCUGACUCAAGUUGAAGAGCACAGCUCUUAAGCACCCUUCCCCGUAGGCCAUCAGUGCCUGGUACUUUAUCUACCUUUAACUUUGCUAGACUAGCUGCUACCUCAGUUUCAAUAAGCAGAAUAGGAAUUGAGUCAACAGCACUAUACGCAUGAUCACAAUGAGAAUGAUUGCAGCCAGAAUCAAAUCACAAAUAAAACAGAUUCAAAUCAUCACCAGAGAGAUUUAUUUGAUUUAUUUACCUUUCUACCCAUCAUUUCCUUUACCAUGUUCAAACAAUUCUGCACUGUUAAAAAAAAAAAAAAAAAGACAUCUUGGUAUAUGAAAAUAUCUUGAAUAUAGUCUAAUAUAUCUAGUAUUUCUUAUUAUAAGAUUACAAUAAACCAUAUACAAGAUUAAUGAGCCUAUUUCUAGACAUUGAAAUAGACCUAUUUCAAGAUUCAAAUUUUCAAGAUUUAAAUUUUCAUAUUCUAUUGGCUGAUCAUUUUGCUUCUUUCUAGAAAAAAAGGCUUAAAAUUAGCAGAAUUAUCUGCCAAUAGGACAAGACUAUUUCAAGCUUAAAAUGAGUAAAAAAUAUCUAGAUAUAGGUUUAAUAAUCUUAUAUUUGGGUUGGUGUCAUUUUAUAAUAGGAAAUACUAGAUACACUUGACUAUAUUCAAGAUUUAUCCACUUGCUAAGAUGUCAGUUUUUUUUGCAGUGUGUUCCUAAUCAUACUCUGAAGUUUUCUCCCUUACCAGAUUCAUGUCUCCAUUAUUAAUUGUAACCUUUCUAUCAUUCAAACACUAAUUUACUUCCUUAGAAGCCCACACUUUGUUAUUAGGGUAAACCUUAAUAGUCUUUGAGCAGGUAACAUUGUCCUCACAGAAUUUUAUGUAAUCUUUAAAAGGAAA